AUGGCCAGCAGCUUUCUCAUAAUAGGCAUGAUCAUCUUAACACAGACCGUGGUUGGAAUUCCGGGGAAUUUCUCACUCCUUUGCAGUUCUAUCAUCUUUCACUUCAUGGGUUACAGGUUAAGGUCCACAGAUUUGAUCCUUAAGCACCUGAUUGUGGCCAACUCCUUGGUCCUCUUCUCUAAAGGAGUCCCACACACAAUGGCAGUCUUUGGGUGGAAGCAUAUCCGCAGUGAUGUUGGCUGCAAACUUCUCUUCUUUCUGCACAGAGUGGGGAGGGGAGAGUCCAUCAGUAGUAUCUGCCUCUUGAAUGUCUUUCAGGCAAUCACGAUCAGUCCCUGGAAGUCCAGGUGGGCAGCACUGAAAGUAACAGCUCCCAAGUACAUGGUUCCCUCUAUUUUCCUGUGUUGGAUCCUGCAAAUGCUGGUAAAUGUCAUUUUUCCUAUCUAUAUAAAUAGCAAAAUAAGUGACAGAAACAACACAAGCAGUAAAGAUUUUGGAUACUGUUCUACUAUUCUUACUGACCAGAAGAGUAGAAAAACCAGACACGCCUUGUCUACAGCAUUGCUGUUGUUCCCUGAUGUUUUAUGUUUGGGGCUCACACUCUGGGCUGGCAGCUCCAUGGUUCUCAUCCUGUACAGACAUAAGCAGCAGGUCCAGCACAUUCGUAGGACUGACGCCUCCUUCAGGUCCUCCCCUGAGUCCAGAGCUACUAAAUCCAUCCUUCUCCUCGGGAGCACCUUUGUCUAUUUUAUAUACUUUCCUCCAUCUGUCAAGAUCUUUUGGCUCUUUUUGAUCCACCCAGCCAGUUCCUUGUGGACAUCACUAUAA